CGUGUUUUCGUGCCAGCUGCUCGCGGUCUCUCGGGAUCCAACAGGCGACCCCGGCGGUAACCACGGCGACGACCAGCCGCUGCUAGCAGCGCCAGCGCCACAGCCAUGGAGCGCCCCAAGGAGAAGGACUGCAUCGGGCCCUCCGCGGAGGAAGUGUCCAAGUGCGACCCCCUGGACGAGGUGCCACCGGAGCCGCAGCGCCGGUUCAUCCGCUGCCUGCGCCGCGACCAGGUGGCCGGCGAGGCUGUGGACCGGCGCUUCGCGGACACGCGCUGGAUCCUCUGUAGCGACGGCACCGCCUCACCCGACCACUUCCUCACCACGCACAGGAGCUCUUUCGUGCCGCCGGGGGCCUGCCCGCGACCCGGCGCCGCCCGGGACCGCCUGCUGCGCCACUACCUGCUGCACCGACACGCUCUCAGGGUACUAAAGGGCGGCUGGCCCAACCGACUCGAAAGAAAAACUAUGCACUGUGGAUAUGGCCCUCCAAAAUAGCCCUCGGGUUUAUACCUCUUUUCUGAACUAAGUCAUUACGAACACAGUUUUGCACCGACUACAUGUUUAGUGAUUUUUAAAGUGAAAGAAUCGAUCUGCAAGGGCAAGUGAACCACAAAAACUGAACUAGCCAAAGUUUAA